ACCAUGAGUCCAGGGGCUAUAGCCCUUUGCUCUGCCCAUUGCUCAGCAAGUUACUUGGGGUUGCAGUUUGAUAAGAAAAGACUUCCUGUGGAGGAAUCUGAAGGGAAGAAGGAGGAGCUGGUCCAUUCCUGCCUGGGAGGUUGUGGAAGAAGGAAGAUGGCCACAGCUUUGUGUCCACUGCAAGCCCUCUGGCUUCUGGAGUGGGUGCUGCUGCUCUUGGGACCUUCUGCUGCCCCUCCAGCCUGGGCCUUGAACCUGGACCCAGUGCAUCUCACCUUUUAUGCAGGCCCCAAUGGCAGCCACUUUGGGUUUUCACUGGACUUCCACAAGGACAGCCAUGGGAGAGUGGCCAUCGUGGUGGGCGCCCCACGGACGCUGGGUCCCAGCCAGGAGGAGACGGGCGGCGUGUUCCUGUGCCCCUGGAGGGCCGAGGGCGGCCAGUGCCCCUCGCUACUCUUUGACCUCCGUGAUGAGACCCGAAAUGUAGGCUCCCAAACUUUACAAACCUUCAAGGCCCGCCAAGGACUAGGGGCGUCGGUCGUCAGCUGGAGCGACGUCAUUGUGGCCUGCGCCCCCUGGCAGCACUGGAACGUCCUAGAAAAGACCGAAGAGGCUGAGAAGACGCCUGUAGGCAGCUGCUUUUUGGCUCAGCCAGAGAGCGGCCGCCGCGCCGAGUACUCCCCCUGUCGCUGGAACACUCUGAGCCGCAUUUACGUGAAAAAUAAUUUUAGCUCGGACAAGCGUUACUGUGAAGCGGGCUUCAGCUCCGUGGUCACUCAGGCCGGGGAUCUGGUGCUUGGGGCUCCUGGAGGCUAUUAUUUCUUAGGUCUCCUGGCCCAGGCUCCAAUUGCGGAUAUUUUCUCGAGUUACCGCCCAGGCAUCCUUUUGUGGCACGUGUCCUCCCAGAGCUUCUCCUUCGACUCCAGCAACCCAGAGUACUUCGACGGCUACUGGGGGUACUCGGUGGCCGUGGGCGAGUUCGACGGGGAUCUCAACACUACAGAGUAUGUCGUCGGUGCCCCCACUUGGAGCUGGACGCUGGGAGCGGUGGAAAUUUUGGGCUCCUACUUCCAGAGGCUGCACCGGCUACAUGGAGAGCAGAUGGCGUCGUAUUUUGGGCAUUCAGUGGCUGUCACUGACGUCAACGGGGAUGGGAGGCAUGACCUGCUGGUGGGCGCUCCACUGUAUAUGGAGAGCCGGGCAGACCGAAAACUGGCCGAAGUGGGGCGUGUGUAUUUGUUCCUGCAGCCGCGAGGCCCCCACACGCUGGGUGCCCCCAGCCUCCUGCUGACUGGCACACAGCUCUAUGGGCGAUUCGGCUCUGCCAUCGCACCCCUGGGCGACCUCGACCAGGAUGGCUACAAUGACAUUGCAGUGGCUGCCCCCUACGGGGGUCCCAGUGGCCGGGGCCAAGUGCUGGUGUUCCUGGGUCAGAGUGAGGGGCUGAGUUCACGUCCCUCCCAGGUCCUGGACAGCCCCUUCCCCACAGGCUCUGCCUUUGGCUUCUCCCUUCGAGGUGCUGUAGACAUCGAUGACAACGGAUACCCAGACCUGAUUGUGGGAGCUUACGGGGCCAACCAGGUGGCUGUGUACAGAGCUCAGCCAGUGGUGAAGACCUCUGUCCAGCUACUGGUACAAGAUUCACUGAAUCCUGCUGUGAAGAGCUGUGUCCUACCCCAGACCAAGACACCCGUGAGCUGCUUCAAAAUCCAGAUGUGUGUUGGAGCCACUGGGCACAACAUUCCUCAGAAGCUGUCCCUAAAUGCCGAGCUGCAGUUGGACCGGCAGAAGCCCCGCCAGGGCCGGCGGGUGCUGCUGCUGGGCUCUCAACAGGCAGGCACCACCCUGAACCUGGAUCUGGGCGGAAAGCACAGCCCCAUCUGCCACACCACUAUGGCCUUCCUUCGAGAUGAGGCAGAAUUCCGGGACAAGCUGAGCCCCAUUGUGCUCAGCCUCAAUGUGUCCCUGCCGCCCACGGAGGCUGGAAUGGCCCCUGCUGUCGUGCUGCAUGGAGACACCCAUGUGCAGGAGCAGACACGAAUCGUCCUGGACUGCGGGGAAGAUGACGUGUGUGUGCCCCAGCUUCAGCUCACUGCCAGCGUGACAGGCUCCCCACUCCUAGUUGGGGCAGAUAAUGUCCUGGAGCUGCAGAUGGACACAGCCAACGAGGGUGAGGGAGCCUAUGAAGCAGAGGUGGCUGUGCACCUGCCCCAGGGGGCCCACUACAUGCGGGCCCGAAGCAACGUUGAGGGCUUUGAGAGACUCAUCUGUAACCAGAAGAAAGAGAAUGAGACCAGGGUGGUGCUGUGUGAGCUGGGCAAUCCCAUGAAGAAGAACACCCAGAUAGGAAUUGCGAUGUUGGUGAGCGUGGGGAAUCUGGAAGAGGCUGGGGAGUCUGUGUCCUUCCAGCUGCAGAUCCGGAGCAAGAACAGCCAGAAUCCAAACAGCAAGAUUGUGCUGCUGGAUGUGCCAGUCCGGGCAGAGGCCCAAGUGGAGCUGCGAGGGAACUCCUUUCCAGCCUCCCUGGUGGUGGCUGCAGACGAAGGUGACAGGGAGCAGAACAGCUUGGACAGCCGGGGACCCAAAGUGGAGCACACCUAUGAGCUCCACAACAAUGGCCCUGGGACUGUGAAUGGCCUUCACCUCAGCAUCCACCUCCCGGGGCAGUCCCAGCACUCCGACCUGCUCUACAUCCUGGAUAUACAGCCCCAGGGGGGCCUUCAGUGCUUCCCACAGCCUCCUGUCAACCCCCUCAAGGUGGACUGGGGGCUGCCCACCCCCAGCCCCUCCCCCGUUCACCCGGCCCACCACAAGCGGGAUCGCAGACAGAUCUUCCUGCCAGAGUCCGAGCAGCCCUCGAGGCUUCAGGAUCCAGUUCUCGUAAGCUGCGACUCGGCGCCCUGUACUGUGGUGCAGUGUGACCUGCAGGAGAUGGCGCGCGGGCAGCGGGCCAUGGUCACGGUGCUGGCUUUCCUGUGGCUGCCCAGCCUUCACCAGAGGCCACUGGAUCAGUUCGUGCUGCAGUCACAGGCAUGGUUCAACGUGUCCUCCCUCCCCUAUGCCGUGCCCCCGCUCAGCCUGCCACGAGGGGAAGCUCAGGUGCGGACACAGCUGCUUCGGGCCUUGGAGGAGAGGGCCAUUCCAAUCUGGUGGGUGCUGGUGGGUGUGCUGGGCGGCCUGCUGCUGCUCACCAUCCUGGUCCUGGCCAUGUGGAAGGUCGGCUUCUUCAAGCGGAACCGGCCACCCCUGGAAGAAGAUGAUGAAGAGGGGGAGUGAUGGUGCAGCCUAUACUGUUCUAGCAGGAGGGUUGGGCAUGCUACCUGCACCACCCCUUCUCCAAUGAGUUGCCUCCAAGCUUUGGGUUGGAGCUGUUCCAUGGGGUCCUCUUGGUGUCAUUUCUCUCCCAACAGAGCUGGGUCACCCCCUCCUGCUGCCUAAUAAAGAGACUGAGCCCU